AUGAGCGUCAAUCACGCGGGCCUCCCCUUCCUGACGAACACGGGCCAAGCCCAAACCGCCAACUCUCCCCCCUCCACCGCGAACACGGCUCCUGUCGGUCCCACGGGACCUGUUGCCUCUGCCGGCCCCGCCGCCCUCGCCGCCGGUCCGGGUUCUCCCCGCCGUCCCCCGUUUAUUCUUCGUUUUCUUCCAUAUUUCGUCCAGGAAAUCAUCGUCGCCAUAAGCGACCCCAACCGCUCCGCUCCUCCUCUCCUCUGCUGCCUGGCUUUUCUCUGCGUCUGGGCCAUCUCGGCCGCGUUGAACCCGAUAAUCCCGGGCCUUCGGGUUCGCAUUGAAAACAUCAUGCGCCGUCGUAUUUAG